AAACGGAGUCCGGAUCAUUUUACUGACUCUCUUGUUCGAUCUCGUUCAUCAAAAUGAACGAAUCUUUUAGUCAUUUCGUUCAUUUGAGUCGCGUUAAAUGUUAUAUUUUUAACAUCCAAAUUCCCCAAACACAUCCACCUUCGCAAUCUUAAUCAUAUUCUGAAUUAGGAAAUCAUACAAUGCAGCCAAAGAUAAUUUAUGAGAAACAUGAAUGAUUACUUUGACUUCCGAGUCUUUCUUUUGUCACGUGUCAGACGCAAUGAACGAAUCGUUCAUGAUCGACCCAUCACUAGCCAAUGGCGCCAUUUUGCAAUCUGUUGGCGGUCUAGGAUUGAGCUGCAGGUUACUGCGAUACUGAAUAGCUGGCAGGUGUUCUUCUAUAUACCAUGGUGUCCUCGUUCAGUGUUGUGGAGUUUGUGGAUGAGGUUGACUCUGAUGGCUGCAAGAAAAUGGACAUAAUUCCAUUCGAGUGGUUCAAGGGCACAGAGAGAAAAGUAUGCUGGUGGCCACCAGUCUCACUAUCCAAUGUAACGAAGGCUGUAAAAGAGCACACACCACCAGCCAGCAACUGGAUAGCGUGUAAUGUGCGUGUAAUGGGAAAUGCAGCAUCUUAUGCCGAAGCUAGGGUUAAACUGCACCAAGCUGAGUAUUCAUCAGACUUGACAGACACAGAAAAUAUCUCAAGAAAAAAAAGGCCAAGUGCAAAAAUCCUCCAGAGUCAACUGAGCACCCAGCUGCAAUCAAGUGAGAAUUCAGAUUCUUCAGAGGAGCUUCCACCCACUCCACCAAACCAACUCCUUUGGCCAGCAGUGAGAGAAGUGAGCAAUCACUUCCAAAACCCCACUGCCCAACGAGGCACCAGCCCCACAGCUACAAUUACCAGCCCCACAGCCCGAGGAGUUGCCAGCUCCCCAGCUACGGUUACCAGCCCGACGGCCCUAGGAUUGUCCAGGCCCCCAGCCCGAGGAGUUGCCAGCCCAACUUGUGAAGCCAUGUUCACUAAAAUUCUAACAGUUUUAGAAGAAGUGAAGGAGACACAACGUGUUCAUGGAAAGAUGUUGAAUGUCCUGCUGAAAAAGCAAGAUGGAUCAAUGGUAGAGGUUCCUGAAGGAGUGGUCUUACCUCUGAAAACCCAGGCUGACCUUGAGGCUCUUGAUCAGAAGCUGGGGGAUCGUAGUGUCAUGUCUGCUGUUGUUGCCAUGGUGGCAGAUGUGGGCGGCACAAGUAUAGAUGACGCAACGAGAAGAUUGACGAAAUACAUCUUUUCAAAUGAGCUGGCAUUGGAGUACAAUUUGUUUGGCCGUCAUGGGAAAAAAAAGUUUAAAGAUUUGCGUAUUUUCAACGUUGUGUAUGAGGCUCUUAAGAACAACCCCCUGACAUCAAAGGUCAACCAGCAAGAAGCUGAGAGGGCACUGUCAAAAUGGUUCACUGGAGCAAGAGACAGAGGAGGACAAAGGGCAUCAAGAAUACACCAAAAGAUGGCGACAGUUUAAAUUUUACAGGAAAGGUUAUAAGGUUAAUAGUUGCUGCAUCUAGCUGUUCUAGUUCUUGUAUUUUUUCUGACGAUCGUGUUCUCAAAUUUGUUGGGUUGGCAGCUUUCCCAAACACUCAUGGCUGGUUCUAAAAUAGUUUUGUGCCAUUGUGACAUAAACAUGACAUGAUAGUUAGUUAAAUAAAGCUGGAUUUUGAACAUA